UUCGAGUACCACUGUGCUUGCAGGCACACGACAGGCACACUCCGACUUGUGGAAAAAGCUUGCUCACAAUGGUGGUGAACUUUAAAGUAUUUAAAAAAUGCUCACCAAACAGCAAGAUUGCCGUAUACCUCGGCAAACGUGACUUCAUUGAUUAUCUAUCAGGCAUCGAGCCCGUCGACGGUGUUGUUCUUCUCGAUCCAGAAUAUGUCGCCACCCAGCGGAAGAUUUGGAUACAGCUGGUCUGCACUUUUCGUUAUGGCCGCGAGCAAGACGAGGUAAUGGGUCUCAACUUCCAGAAGGAGCUGUACCUCGUCUCCGAGCAGCUCUAUCCCAAUGUGAAGAAAAUGGAGCAUAAUCUUACGAAACUACAGGAACGUCUGCUAAAAAAAUUGGGCCCAAAUGCCGUUCCGUUUACGCUCGAGUUUGUUCAAACUGCGCCAUCUAGUGUAACAUUGCAACCCGGGGAGGACGAAAUUGGAGAACCCUGCGGAGUAAGCUACAUUGUGAAAGUUUACGCAGGUGAAACCGAGAAUGACGUUACCCACAAGCGCAGCACCGUCAACAUGGGCAUUCGCAAAGUCCAAUACGCCCCUACAAAACAGGGCAGACAGCCGUGCACCGUCGUACGCAAGGAUUUCUUGCUCAGCCCUGGGGAACUCGAGCUCGAGGUCACUCUCGAUAAACAGCUCUACCAUCACGGUGAAAGGAUUGCCGUGAGCAUCUGCGUGAGAAACAACAGUAACAAAAUAGUGAAAAAAAUGAAAGCCCUGGUGCAGCAAGGGAUUGACGUCGUCGUCUUCCAGAAUGGUCAGUUCCGUGCCGUGAUCGACUCCGUGGAAACUCAAGAUGGAUGUCCAAUUAAUCCGGGCUCGAAUCUUCAGAAGGUCUUGUAUCUCAAGCCCCAGUUGGAAAAUAAUAAGGAACGCAGAGGUAUUGCUUUGGAUGGGCAAUUGAAAGGCGAUAAUAGUGAAUUGGCAUCCAGCACUCUCAUAACUUCGCCGGACGUAAGAGAUAACUUUGGUAUAGUCGUAUCCUAUGCUGUUAAAGUUAAGCUGUAUUUGGGAGCAUUGGGAGGCGAAUUAUCAGCCGAGUUGCCAUUCAUACUCAUGCGUCCAAAGCCAAGUGACAGAUUUAAAUUAAUUACCGAAGAUAGCGUAGCUAUCGAAGACAUCCCGCUAAUGAAUGAGAAGGAAAAGCAAAUUAUUAGUUGAAUUUACUUUAAGUAUUAGGAUUGAUUGAGAUGCGAGUAUAAAAAAUAAUUGUAGUAAAUUGCGAUUCUAUUUUAUUGAUACUCUUCUUUAGAAGUUACAAAACUGUAUUUCGAUACAAUUUUCUUUCACUUAUAUUUC